GGACUAUGGCGAGUUGUAAUAUGGUUAUCGGGUAGCAUUUCAUUAUUCGCGAAAUCCACGGAGCACUCCCAUAUUACUUCCGGGAUUCGAACGCUUGAGGAGAUUGCGUGACUUAAGUCAAGAGGCGACAUAAACUGCACUAUCAGGGUUUAGGCUAAUCAGAGAUGGCGGCCGUCGCCAUAGCGAGUCCUUUCGGUUUACAAAAUCUUUUCAAAGACAUAUCUCCGAAGUUUGACUCAACGGAGUCCAAAAAUGUUGUGCAAUCUUUCCAGGUGAAUUAUGGAGGGAAAUUCUGUUCGCUAGGAAGUCACGAUUUAUUGCAAUGUUUGCAACUUCUUGCCAAGCACGGGUAUGUGUCUCGAAGUAAAGUGAAACUAAUAGAAGACUACGUUGCUCCGAAAUCGAGUAAAGAAGAAUUGAUUAAGGAAGUUAUAAGAAGGUACAAGGCCUCUCGUCCAGCUGUUAAAGAGGAGGAAUUUCAAGGACGGGACGACGAAAUCAAGGACAUUACCAAACAAUUGGAGUCAAAAGAGACCUCAGUUUUAAACUUGUUUGGGUCUUCCGGUGUUGGAAAGACAAGACUCGCAAACGAAGUUUGCUCACAGUGGCGAGGAAAUUAUCAAGUCUUUGAUCUUAGAGAAGUUAAGAGUAUAAAAGCGAUGUACUAUCACAUUUUAAGUUCCCUUGAACUUGCUGUUCCAGUCGGUUUCGUGAACUUGAACUAUGCUGUAACAAAAGUUCGCGAUAGGAUCAAAACUUUGAAAAGCGGAGGGCAUUCUGUCCUGUUCUUCCUCGAUAAUGUGGACAAGUUUACCGCAGGACAGGAAAUGGAAGGGAAGAGCUUAAAAUCAGAUUUUAUACAGUUCCUUGAAAAACUUUUCGAACUCGAUGACAAAGGAGAAAGAUGCGCAUUAAAGCUGCUGCUUACAUCGAGGAUUCAGUUCACAGAUGCCACACUGGUGGAUAAUUUUGAAGUAAUGUCUCUUGAAAGGUCAUCUUCGGAGAAAAUUCUUUUUCCUGAAGGAUCGACUGAUGUCCAAGUCCAACAGAAAGACAAUCUUAUCGGUAUCUCCAAAGGAUUCCCAAUUGUUCUUAAAGGAAUGGGUGCUAUUUUGCGCCAGGAAAGAAAAUCUGUCGAUGAUCUUAUUGCUAGAGUAGCUGCUACUCCAGAGAAGUCAAAACUGCAGGAGGAUGCGAAAGAAAUGCCAGUGAGUUUUGAAGAUGAAGGAGUUGACACGGGUCAGAUUUCUGUAAUCAGAGAAAUGUUUUCAACACUUCCAAGUGACAGGUUAAAAGUGUCAGCAGUAGUAAUUUCCUUGUUUCAUGGCCCUUUCACUGUGGAAACCGCUGCCAAGGUUCUCGGUAUUGAUCAAUCAGAGGCUUUUGCACAGCUAGAGGGUCUUGUAACCAGUGCAAUCAUUUCUGUGGUCGACGAGGAAGCAAAAGAGAGGAAAUAUGACAUUCAUCCACUUUUACAAAAGUAUGCUGACAGCAUCAAGAGUCAUGAAAACUUUUCUGCAGCCUACAUGAAAGCAAAGGGACGUUAUUACGAACUCUUUAUGUCUAAGAUGGCGAAAAUAGCCAAACUUAUAGAGCCACAGUAUGUCAAAGCAUUUAGUUUGUUUGAGACUGACAGGGCAAAUUUUGAAUUUGCUCUUGAAAUCUCCUUACAACCAGAAUAUUACAAAGUUCCACGUGAAUUCCAUGAGAAUGCAUUGAUUGCAUCACUUUUCAUGGCAAUGCUCACCGAGGGCAAAAUGGUUACCCUGUUUCAUUCCUGGGCUGAGAUCUGUGAAGAUGAUGGAAAAUCUGGUUCUCUUGGUAGAACACAGUUGAAGUGCUGGGAAGCCAGGCAAGUUGCAGACAUGCAUGGAACAGAGAAAGCAUUUGUGGUACUGGAGGAAGCUUUGCGCUCGAUGGAGAAAGUUGAAGAUAAAUCCACUGAGUCUUUCAAGCUCACUAGAGCCCUUUACUUGCACACUGAAGGUGAAAUCCUUUGGAGAGACAAAGAUUUCAAGAAAGCUCUUGAAAGCUUGCAGCUGUCCUUAACAUUCUCAGAAGAGCUGCUUAAAGAACAUACAGAUUUGGCAAGGUGCUACAAUGCUGUUGGAAAUUGUUUCUUCCACCUUGGCCAGCCAAUGGAAGCGCUAGAGUUCUAUGAAAAAGCCUACAAGAUGCAAGAGAGAUUGGCUGGCUCCGAACAUCACUUUGAUAUGCCAAUGUACAAGAACCAAAUUGGUACAGCAUAUGAGGGUCUCCGAAAGUAUGACAAGGCAGUUGAAUAUUAUAGAGAUGCAUUGAGACUUCUGAAAGAGCUCAAUCUUUCAGGUUUUCAGGAUGAAGCACACUUUUGCAGAAAUCUUGCCAAUGCCCUCAUGUUUCUAAAGAAAUAUUCAGAAGCAACUGAACCUUCAAUGCGUGCUUACACUAUUAGGAAGAAUCUACUCAAAAAUCACCCACAUACAGUGCGCAGCAUUUUCCAGCGAGCUGUCCUUCAGGCCAACUUGCGAGAUUUUGGUGGAGCCUUGAAACUUUUUCUUGAAGCAUGGGAGAUGGAGAAGUCACUUGAAGUGGGGAACCACAGUCGGGUGUGGCGAAAAAUUAUCACUGGUGUGGAGGACUUUUUGGAUGAGGGAGAACAGAAAAAAACAUUUCAAAAAGAUGCUUUCAAGUUUUGUGAACAUUUUUGGAUAGAAAAGAAAAAGUCUCAACGAUUUGCUUUUAGUGAGUCCAACAAGGAAAUCAUUGAUACCUUGAUGCACCUUGCCAGUGAUGAGAAAGACAAAUACGAAGUGCAGAAAGAACAGCUUUGGUUCUAUGAGGGUAUGUACAAUGCCACCAAGGAAGAACAUCAGGACUGUGACCUGGAACCUGAAAGCAGUGCACUUCAUAAGACAUUGGGAGAAAUGACCAAGCUUCUUGAACAUAUGAUACACCUUUGCAAACAACUUGAAGAUCACAAGAAGGAAGAACUAUAUGCAGAUGAAUUACAGAUAUUCCCCAGUUUUAGCUGGGGCAUAUACAAUCAUGUGAUGGAUAUGCCAAUGUACAAGAACCAAAUUGGUACAGCAUAUGAGGGUCUCCGAAAGUAUGACAAGGCAGUUGAAUAUUAUAGAGAUGCAUUGAGACUUCUGAAAGAGCUCAAUCUUUCAGGUUUUCAGGAUGAAGCACACUUUUGCAGAAAUCUUGCCAAUGCCCUCAUGUUUCUAAAGAAAUAUUCAGAAGCAACUGAACCUUCAAUGCGUGCUUACACCAUUAGGAAGAAUCUACUAAAAAAUCACCCACAUACAGUGCGCAGCAUUUUCCAGCGAGCUGUCCUUCAGGCCAACUUGCGAGAUUUUGGUGGAGCCUUGAAACUUUUUCUUGAAGCAUGGGAGAUGGAGAAGUCACUUGAAGUGGGGAACCACAGUCGGGUGUGGCGAAAAAUUAUCACUGGUGUGGAGGACUUUUUGGAUGAGGGAGAACAGAAAAAAACAUUUCAAAAAGAUGCUUUCAAGUUUUGUGAACAUUUUUGGAUAGAAAAGAAAAAGUCUCAACGAUUUGCUUUUAGUGAGUCCAACAAGGAAAUCAUUGAUACCUUGAUGCACCUUGUCAGUGAUGAGAAAGACAAAUACGAAUUGCAGAAAGAACAGCUUUGGUUCUAUGAGGGUAUGUACAAUGCCACCAAGGAAGAACAUCAGGACUGUGAACUGGAACCUGAAAGCAGUGCACUUCAUAAGACAUUGGGAGAAAUGACCAAGCUUCUUGAACAUAUGAUACACCUUUGCAAACAACUUGAAGAUCACAAGAAGGAAGAACUAUAUGCAGAUGAAUUACAGGUUGUACAAGAUGGAAGAGUUCCAGAGGUGACAUCACGAUCAAAAGCUCGAGAGCAAGAGAAGUCAGCUGAGGUAGUAGAAUUGUCCUCCACAUCAACUGAUCAAGACAGUGUCCAGAAGGAGGAAGUUGUGAGAAAUGCGGAUAAAAGAAAGACUGUCAUCAAGAGAGGUAAAAUUGAAGAUGAGUCCGAGACCUGGAAUCUUGCAGAAGCUGGUGCAUCCAUUACAUUUAACCUUGGAACGAUGACAAAAUCCUUGACCAUAACAUGCUCAUUAUGGGGCCCUGGAGCCCUUUCUCCUCCCAUUGGUAGUAAUGAGCUCUUAGUAAGCAAUGUCAUCGAGCUGUCUCACGAUGGCCCACCUGAUCUGGAGUUCAUGGAAAAUGCUCCAAGAAGAAUAAAUGUAGCCUUAUUGCACAGUGCCUCUAACUUCAAGGGAUAUGAAGUGGUUAUCAAGCAGUUGGUUGACCCAGAAAACAAUGAGUGGAAGGCUUUGGAGACAACAAACAUUUGGCGUGCGUCAGUAAAUUCAACCGUCCCCAAUUGGAUGUUCCCCUUCGCUGAAGCUACUUGCAGGAAGACGUGGUUUUCCUCAUUUGCGGUUGUCUGGCGCCUCAAGUCUUUUGUCUUUCCUAAGCUGACGUCUGUAACCCCAGAAUUUAUCUGUUCAGUGCCAGACUAUCCAAAUGUUACUGUUGCAAUUCCAUGGAAUUCUUUGCCUGCCGCUACAGACUUUCAUUUGACUCUAAAGGUGCAAGAAGCGCCAAGCAUUGAUCACGAUAUGGAAGGAAUGUUUGUUGGUCCGAUUCUUCACAUUUCGUACUCGCAUGAUGUGAAGCUGUCGGAGCCAGCGAAAAUAAGCGUCCCGCUGGCACUCACAGACAGUGAAGUAGAGCCACCGAAGAUGCCAUAUUCAGGUCAGUUGAGGAUACUACAUUUCAAGUCAAGAGAAAAGUCAGAAGGAUGGACUGACAUUACAGAUCAUUUGGAGAUGCCUGCAGUAAUUAAAGAUGGAAUAGUGACGUUUCAAGUUAAAACUCUCUGUCGGUUCUGGCCGUGGUGGCUGAAGACGUCCGCCAGUUUUGCAUGGAAAUAUGUCUCUCCCUUGUAUGAUAGCAUCAUGAAACAACACGCUGGGUUCUUGGCUUUCUUAUGCAAUGAUACUGUACCCGGGAGAUACUUGCUGUAUUUGUUUUGUUUCCCGCAGCAUUUAAGGUCCAGAGUGAAUAGCGAUAUUUCCUCAACAUAUUUUGUGAAUAUGCAAGGAGAGGGAACCUCACAGAAACCCCUGUCUAACGGAGAUGAGACGUUUGUGUCUCUUUCAAAUGGAUUUGAGGUGCACGGAGCGCCGGCGAGAAAUGCAGAGGAAGUCGUCUUAAAGUUUCUUGGUAAGGAACAAUUUCAAAGGAGUCUGCGUGUUAAUAUUAAAGACGUGAGUAAUCUGCAAGUCGACUUCUUAAAAUUGAUGGGAGGACAGGAGAAAAAGAAUUCCUCAGUAAUAUGUCAAGUGCCCAUCAUUCCAAGAUCUCCAGUACAGUACUUCUGCACAAAGUGUGCAACAUUCAAGUGGAAAGCGUCCAAGUGUAGAAUCAUCGUCAGGACGCCCCAUUGCGGCUCUUAAGAAGAGGCGCCGCCUAUUGGCAGACAAAGGUGAACUGCAAGUGCCCAGCAAUGAAGAUCUAGAGUGGCUGUCACAAAGGAUAGCCCAAGGCUGGAAGCCGCUUGGACGUCGUCUUGACAUCAAAGAGGAAAAGCUUACGGCGUUUCACAAGGAAAACGAGGAAUAUACUGAAAAAGCGUACAAAAUGUUACUGCACUGGAAACAAAAGACAGGUUCAGCCGCAACAUUUGAGAUCAUGUACAAUGCCUUGUGCCAUGAGUGUGUAAAUCGAAAAGAUUUAGCCGAAACGUUUUUUAGUCGAAUGGACGAAGUUACUGACUAGGUUUCAUUAGUUUUCAAGUGCUUUGCGGUUGUUACAUACAUGCAAACAUACAUGUAGUGUCAAGACGUAAAAACGAGUUCGGUGACCACUAGAUUUUAUUGCUGAGGAUUACUUGAUUAAGGAAUUCGAACUUUCUUAGAAAGCGUGAAAUUAUUUUAUCAGAAUCGUGUUACUUGCACUACCAUGCAUGAAUUACGAAAAUAACCAUAUUUUCUUACUAAUGUAUGACAGCCUUGUACUUUUCAAAUCCUUUCAGAAAACUUAUUUUUUGUAAUAAGUAUGUGAGCAUAUCUCAUUUUUGUAUUAAAAAGUGGAAGGAACGCGUUUUGCUUCUUAAAUUUUGAUUUGUUUUACCCAUUCAUUGCCCAUUCUUGUCAAAUGUCUCAACAGCGCAGAAUGAGCCUCGCUAUCAAAGGGAACCAUUAGUAAAUGAUAGUUGUAAGGACUUUUAAUUGUGCUCUUACACCAACAGAGCACCUAGUUAUCGAUUUCUCUAUUCACAAUCUUUGUCCUGGUCAAAUGUGGUCUAAAAUCAAUUAGUUACCUAUUGUAAAUAAGCAAUCUCGUAUCAUUACUUUCUGGUCUCCAAUUUUAAUUCAAACUCUUCACUCCCUCCAUAAGCCUUUAUAGACUGUGCUGGUAAAAUUAGCAAAUUAUGCUGCUAGCAUUACCCGACUUUUUUUCCAGAUUAUGCUCAAAAUUAUUCGUGAAUUUUUUUUAUUUAAUUAUGCUUUUAACAAAAUCACACAAAACAAGUCUAAAUUCGAUAUCUCUUCUGUCAGUUAAGUAUCAUUAUUAUUUAGAGUUACUUACUUCCCCUGAUGAUACGUUGUGAACUAAAGUACCUGGCCCAUUGAAAGAGUUAACGUUAGCCCAGCACACCAUCAAAUGGGUUACACACUCUCGUCUAUUAGGCGUAUUGAUAGAUGAUCAACUAAAUUGGUCUAAACAUGUUAGUGUUGUUAAAAGAGGCUUUGUUGAUAAGUUAAACUUGUUAAAACGUAGCAAAUUUCUUCCAAAGAAUAUGUUACUAGACUUGUAUUUUAGAGUUAUUAUGCCGUCGAUCGUAUAGGGAAUAUCAGUAUGGGUAAGUCUCAGAAAUAAGGAAGAUUUUAUGGCAUUAGAAGCACUGCAUUGUAGAGCUGCGAGAAUUAUCUUUGAGCUACCUUGGGAGAUGUCUAAUGCUGAUGUUAUGAAAAAGGCUAAUUGGUCCCCUUUAGCCUUUAUGUAUUAAAUUAGCUUAGCUAAGCUUAUGCAUAAAUCCAUAAUAACCUGACUCCAGACGCUAUGUCAGCUAUUAUUAGGAGCAAUGAUAAAAUCAAGCGAUAUCAACUUAGGAAGAAACUGAAAAUUGAUGUCCCUCGUUUUAACACCUACUACAUGAGGAACUCUGUAGCUCGUAGAGGAGCAAUAGUUUGGAACACGUUGGUUCCUCAACUUAAUGACGAUAUAGACAAUGUUAAGAAAUAUGCGAUUAUGGCAAGAC